AAAGUGUUUUUAAAUUAUCCCGAUUACUGACGUUAUAUCGUUAUAAAAAAAUGGACACCCUAACGAUAUCCUUAUAAUUCCAUUUCAUAUGCUCACAAACAUAUCUAAUGAUUUUAUCUAGUUAUCUUUUCGAAAAAAAAAAUCGUUAAAAAAAAGCAGUUUGCGAUCGCCAUUUUACUUUACCUGAUAGGGAAAGGCGAACCGGCAACGCCGCAACAGCACACCGUCGCAUUUCUCUCAGUCCGACUUAAUAAGAUCCCUAUGGGAUUUACUUCCACACAUGUAAGUACCGACCCAAAAGUAACAGUUGCCAGCACGGUAUAUUCUACCGCCAAUUACUAGAUUUGUCAUCAAUUGGGUUUUUGAUAUGUUGAUUUUUAGUCACAUUUGUUCAGAGGUUGCAUUCAAUCUUUGUAACAUUUCUUGGGUUUUAUUUACGCAAUUGGAUAUCAAGACAGUCAUCAGCAAAUCGCAUGUUGUUCAAGUUUUCGCCAUUUAUAUUUAUACCAAAUUCGUUCCAUUCUACAGCUAUAAUAUGUAACGCUUUAAGUCGACAGUCGCAUAACACCAUAAGAUUAACAUUGGCGAUAUUGGAUUGGAUUAAAAUCGAUGCAUAGUAAUCUUUAAAAGUAAAUAUCUCGGAAAUAUCUUGAAAACCGUUCACCGUUUCGAACUAAACUAAUUUUUCGAACUACUUAAUAUUAAUUUAUCGGUAGAAUCACCUACCAAAGUUAGAUACACUAUUUUUUGGCACUCUGUAUAGAAAUUUUUUGAAAUUAUUUGAAAAAUCACCACCUAAGUAAAUACCUAUUCUCCACAUACAUCCUUAAGAACUUCUCUGUAUAGGUAUAAAUUUGCUGCGAUACAUAAACUUUACUACUAUCAAUAUUUUGUUUGUAGUUAGCUGUAAAACAAGAACUCUAUAUUUUGGCACGAUUUCAACUAAAAUAUCGCAAGAAUUUUGGCAGGUUUGUAAUUUUUCGGUCCAGAGAUUUUUCAGCAAAUAAUACAACGCUGUUAGUAUUUAUUUCUCUUGUUAAAUGUAGUUUUUUGAUUACUUCACGCUUUAUUGUUUGUUUAAUGAUCAAUUUAACUAGUACUUUCGUGCGCGGCGUGUUUUGUUGUUAAUAUAACAAUAUGGUAAUAAUCAAUUAGAUUUGAGUCAGAAUUUCUUUAGUAAAUACUAAAUACGAAUAUCUGUAGCUAGUAUUUUAUAAUACACUGGUAAACCGAUAGAAAUGUUGUUAUUAUAGAGUGUUUUAUUAUUAGAUUGUCUGAAUGUGUAGUGUUGUGGGUGUUCUUUAUUAAGCAAACUGUCUUCCAUUCAUUUUGGCCAACGACGAGAUAGACAUACGUCGAAUAAGGUGCAAUGCGACAGUCUUGUGCUGUUACUGCACUUCUGCUGUUUCCAAUCACACAACUUCUCCCGGACUCAUGACUACGCAACAGACGACAAAUAAAUGCGAUGGCGGCCAUUAUAGCUGCUCUCCCCCGAAAGAAUGUUGCAAACAAGGCUGCUGCUUCUUGUUGGCCCCCUCCUACAGUCGGCCCCCCUCAAUUCAAACCGGGAACAUUUGGGCCAACCCACUUUUUCUGGGCCAUUGGUACUUUUGGUUGGCAGUGACGGCGACUGUAGUGGGAAUUUUGUGUGCUUGCUCCCUCUGGCGUAAGCAUAAUCAAGGAGGCUUGUGUUGUAGAACCGGAUCGGGCGAGGAUAGAACUUGUUCCGAACCUGAUUCCAUAGGCUCCUGCUAUGCGCCGCCGCAGUAUAGUCGAUGUAAUAGCUUUCAUCAGCCACCGCCGCCUUAUUCUGAGGUUACCUCAAAACCCGAUAUGUAUCCUUUGGUGAUUAGUUAUAACAAUACAGAACCGAUAAUCAAAAAUAAUAAUACAUCUACCAGAUAUCUUAUGGUGCAGUACUUUAGAAAUUUUAUUGGCAGACCAGUAGGGUCUCUUUCCGCAACUAGCACAAACGAUUCCAUAAGCUCUAGUUUUUUAUGUAAUGCUGUUAACGAAGUAAAUACUAUUGUUCCUCCUACUUACUCAAACGUAGCCAGUUUAGAAGAACUGGUCAGUGAUCAGUCUCAGCCUAGUCCAUGUAAUUUGGAGAGACUCCCUCGAAGUUCAUCAUCGAUUUCUGAAACAACCAACUACAAUCGGGAGUUCCAACAAACUUUCAAUCUUCCUUCAAACACCGUCAUUCGACCUCCACAAGCACCAACUCCUGUCCACCAGCCGCUCGCCCAAGCAGAUUCUCAACGAAAUACAAGUCUGUACAGCGAUAACCAUACGUCGAACGAGAACCGUAAUGGCAACACCGAAGAAGGACUCAAAGAGAUCUGUCAGAGAAACGUAGCUUUGGCUAAAGCGGAUGAUAGAGGAACUUGUAGGCCAAGGAAACCACUGUUGCAGCCUAGUCAAGACUCGACUGAAGACGAAGAACCGUUUUCGGCUUUGCUGAAUUUAUCUUUAUGUGCCACGAAUAUUCCAGAACACGUACACCCGCACGUUGCACCGUUGAUGCAGGAUUUACAAUUCGGCGUCACCAAUAGUAUGACGGGAUCGGAUAUUAGCAGUUUGGCUAAUUUAGGCACUCCUGAUUCACCUCCAAGGGCUACGUCACCAACUGUAGAAAUGCGAGAACUUCUAGAUAAAAUUCAACAAUUACCGGCUCAAAAAAGUCCACAACCUCCGGCUCCAUCAGCUACGGCUCAAGCUAGAGCGUACUUCCAUAGAGUUAGAGCGAAAACAUUGUACAUGCCACUGGGUGAGGCACAUGUUAGUUCGUCAAAACAACAUAAUAAAACCAUGCCAAACGUGUUUUCGAGAAGUUGGUUGUCGCGGUCAGCUCCGUGUACUCCAUGCGGUCCACUGGCUCCCACCUUUCCGGUGAGCCGAGGAAGUCAAAAAGGCAGCAAAAGCAAAGUUACGGAUGGAAGUCCUCUUUUAAAGCAGCACGCCGAAGAAUCGGAAGAAGAGCCCCACCGAAACGAACCGUUAUGAUGAAUAAAAUAUUCAUUUGUGCCGAACAGAAUUUAAUAGGUUAGGAAGAUAGAGACAAGAUUUAUAUGCGAUAGAUACAUUCCAUUUUGGAUAACUAUAAAAUCAUUUAUUUCGGUUGAUUUAUUGUCGUACCACUUCUAUUUUUAAUAAAGUACAGUAAUUCAUUGUUAUUCAAAAAAUCACGAAAUUUUUUCUAACAAAGGAUUACUGCAUAAAAA